AUGGCGGGCGAGUCUGAGGAAUGGCUGGGCGAUUGGAUGAAAGAUAGAGGUACCCGAGACGAAAUGGUCAUCGCUACCAAAUACACUUACCCCUUCAAGGUCCACGAAAUCUUCCCGGAGGAAACUAUUCUUUCCAACUUUGGUGGCUCCAACAAGAAGAGUCUUCGUCUUUCGUUGAACGAGAGUCUGAAGCGAAUGAAGAUAGACUAUGUCGAUAUCUUCUACAUUCACACUUGA